AUGAGUCUGUGGGACGAAAACCCGCCGCCUCUCGCUGGCCACGACGGCCUCCCCCAGCGCCGUCGGCCCGCCGAAACACAUGGGGAUAACGGCCACUCGGACGGCGAGCAUCCCAGCUAUCCGGCAGCUGCGUAUCCAGGGCCGUCCGCUGGCAAGACGCCUCCCCGGCGGAAGAGCCAUGGCUUCGGCGCCGGGAAACAGAUCACUCGCACCAGGGUCCAUCCGGUCUGUGGGAAUUGUGUCAAGACCGGCACAGAGUGCAUGUAUGACUCCCUUGCUGCCGCCCAGCGAAACCGCGCCGAAGACACCCACCGGAGAGUCAAGCGGAGGAGAGACGCAUCGAAGCCGGUAGAGAAGGACGAACCGGACUUUUCUUCUCCGCAGGAGAGCCUGCGUGAGCUGUUGAACUACCAGGCACGCCUUCGGGAGCAGAAAUCGGGCUCAGACGAGAUCGCCACGCGUUUGGAUCGACUCACGUCCAUGAUCGAACGUCUCAGCCGUACAGGCGAUUCACACACCAGCGAUGGCAAUGGCAAUGGCAAUGGCAACGAGAAUGGCAAUGGGAAUGGGGUUGGAAGGCCGGGGUUUGUCGAUGGUCCAUCCACACGCACCGGCAACAAAUCUGCUUCGACGUCAGGCUCUGUUUCACGGCAGUCUAGUCCACGGCGGAAUUCUGAUGACGCCAGCAACGAAGACUUCCCCAUCCCUGCUGGACUAUCCACAGAUCUCGUUGAUCCCGUCGGCACGUUGAACCUGGGACAUCUGAGUUUGGAGGACGGCGGAAGGUCUCGAUAUGUCGGGACUACCUACUGGGCAUACAUCUCCGACGAGAUCAACGAGCUAAACCAGCUGCUCCGAGAUCAGAACCGCUCCCAGCCUCCAACGGUGCCUCAGCCAGCGCCAUCAGACGACGGCAACGACGCCUCGAUACCGCCAGUGCAUAAACGAGACGAUUCCACUGCCCAUGUCCAGGAGUGGCUGGCCACCCAUGAAAACACCAACAUACACGAAUCGGUCCUCUACCCGAAGGGAGGCUCACCUUCCUCCAACCUGAAGCCCAUCGAAGCCGAAAUGCUCAACCACGUACCGACAAGGCAGCAAAGCAACAUCCUGUAUAAAUCCUUCAUGUCAGGAGUUCAAGCCAUCAGCCCCGUUCUACACCCUCCAAACGUGCUCAAAUCUUACCAGACAUUCUGGAACUGGUAUACCGUGUACAGAAAGCCUGGAGAACCAUACCCUAAUCCUUCGUUCAUUCCGCUACUAUACGCCAUCUGGUAUGGCGGGUCGGUAACGGUCUCCUUGAAGACCAUCCAUGCCGAGUUCAACGUCGAAACGAGAUCAGCAUUAACCGAGCCUUUCCACGACGAGGUCACCCGGUGGCUAAAGGCCAUUUCGUUUCCGCGAAGCCCAUCGCUCAAUGGGCUGGCUGCCUUCCUGCUUGUCCAAACUAUUCUAUCCAAAGAAGAAGAGCCCCUGACUAGUAGUCUUUUUAUCAGUCUUGCCCUUCGCGUGGCCCAAACCAUGGGCCUACAUCGGGAUCCGGCCCAAUUUGGAAUCUCACACUGUGAAGCCGAAAUGCGCAGACGGAUGUGGUGGCAUAUUGUGCAUAUGGAUGGAGUGGUCGCCAUGUCAAGUGGUCUCCCACCGCUCGUUAGCGAUGAAAAUUACUGGGAUGUUCGCCUUACUAGUGAAGUAAAGGACACACUCCUCACUUCGCCAGAGGCAGAAGUGUACGAGCGGAUGGUAGACGAAGGCUAUAAACGCCCGGACAAGCCAGAUGAUCCGGCCAUCUGUGGGAAUUCGAUGGUGAACGUUUACUACAUUUCUGCCAAGGGUGCCAUUCGAAGGAUCCUGAAAAUCCAGCUGGGAACAAGGCCCGUUACAAGGAAAGAUAUGGAGGACCUGAAAUCGGUCCUUGUCGACCUCCAAUUCAAACUACAUGCGCUUGUUGAUAGAAUUUCCAACCCCAAACGUCCAGCUGCCAAUGCCGAUGGAACUCGGUGCAUUAAACCAGAUCUCCCGAACGGUGGGCCUGGCUGCGGCGAGCAAUAUCACACACCGGUUCUAACUGCGUUCCAUAAGUGGGCUAAGAUAUUGCUAUCGUUAUUUGUGCACAAAGCCUUUUGCGUAGCAUAUCAGCCGUUUCUCAAGAAUGCAAAAAGCAAGAUAUGGCCUGCCGCGAGACAAUGUGCGUUACGUCAUUGUCAUGGCUUCAUGGAGAAAUUUAUUCUCCUUGCAACAGAUCCUGAUUUUCAACCAUUCCAAUGGAGCUGGCCUGGAAAUCAUCAGCCUAUGCAUGCAACAAUGAUAAUGCUUAUCGACCUUUACGAACGUCCUGCGAGCUCAGAGGCUCCCAAGUCGCGCGCCUUUAUCGAUAAAAUAUUCUCGCUAUCCGGGCCUGAUGGCGGAGUCGUCGGCGGCGAGGACGGAGUCACCACCUCACGGCCACUGAAUGACGGUGGCCGUGAGGCCUGGGAUAUGAUGCGACGGCUUCGUGAGAAAGCAUGGUUGAAGGCCGGACUUGAUCCACAAUUACUGUGGACAGAGCAGGCUCAGCUUCAAGCUGGCGUUGGGCCUAAGAAGAGUCCUUCUGUGUCAACUACCUCCACCCGGAACCUAGAACGAACCUUGAAGGACCAGAGCGCAUCUCCCACGACAAACUUCGCAGAUAGUUAUUAUGCGAUGAUCAAGAACUCGUUUGACGAUCGCACCCAUGUCCGACAAACCUCUGGGGAGUCGAGUCGUACGAAGGAUAAACAACCUAUCACGUUUACAACGCUACCCCAGCAGCCCCCAAUUCCUGGUCCUACUUGCACAGUCCCUGGAGUAGGUAACAGUGCUGCCCCACAGGCGUCUAUGAACGCAUUCAUGUGGUCCUCCUCGCCGGUAUAUCAAAAUGCAGCGGCGCCUCUCAAUCAGCUUCCAUCUUCUCUAGGCCAAGGUGACGCUCGAGGGCUCAACGAAACACGGCGCUACGUACGGACAGAAGCUACUGGCGCCGCUCCAGCAUCGCCGGAUUUCAACAUCCGCUGA